AUGUCAGGCUUAUUAAAUAAUAAUGUACCAACACCUUGUCGUAACGGAGCUAAAUGCACAAGGCCUGGAUGUCAUUUUCUUCACCCAUGGGACAUGGAAGCAGACGCAACUGCUAUACCAUGUAAAUUUGGAUAUAAUUGCAAAAGAGCAGAUUGUAUGUACGAUCAUCCAAUGGGUAAGAAAUUGCCCACUCAUAUUUCAGAAAGAACAUUUGCGUUACCAGAACAAAUGACGGAGAAGAUUUUACCAAUCGGUAGCGGUGGUGAGAAUGGAGAUGGUAAAUUUAUAACAAGUAAUAAUAAUAAAUUUUCCGAAAUAAAUCCAAUAAGUAAUUAUAACCAAAGUGGCGGUAGAGGAGGCGGUGGAGAACAACAUAACAGCACAUUACAAACCAGGACAAACGAAGGCAACUCUAAUGAGGAAGAUAUAAAUAAUCGUGAAAAUAAUAUUGAACAUUCAAAAAAAUCAUCCGGUCAUAUUCAAUUUGACGAACAUGAAGGGAGAUACGGCGGCUUAGGAAUGGGAGAAGAAACCCCUUUGUUAAAAAAACCAAGACCAAGUUCCGUACCACUGCCCUUUGAUAAUUCUCUACGGAAAAAGCAACCACAGUAUUUUCAACAGAAACAACAAUUACAGAGACAUUCUUUAUCAAAUAGUUACACUGGUUUAAGAAAUCUACAAGAUUAUGUUGUAAGUAUGAAUAAUUUGGACUCAAAUGAGACAAAUUCCUACGAUGAAACCGACUCGGACAACGGUACCGCCAAUGCAUCCUCCAGCGCCACAACACUACAGCAACAAAAUGAUGCAUGUUUCCCUAUGGCCGAAUCUGCUGGAUUUAAACGACCUACAGGGAUUGAUUACGAAGCUCUCGAGAACUAUGUGAAGGUGGAGAAUGAAAAACGUCGAAAUCAACAAAGACGUCGACAAAGAAGAUUGAGCGAGCCGGCGUCCGCAUUUGUUAGAAAGAAAAGUAAUAAUCAUUGUCCCAAUUUGGAAAUUAAUAAGCAUAACUCAGAAAUACUAUACAGACUUACGUUUUAUUCUGCAAUACAUAGUACAGUACAUGCACGUACAUUGGCAGAAAUACCAUCAGCAGAUUCAUCAUUAUCAGAAAUGUUGAAAGAUGGAUGUUGGUGGAUUGAUGUAUUAUCACCUACAGAUGAAGAAAUGAAAGAAUUUGGUAAGAUAUUCGGUAUUCAUCCUUUGACUAUUGAAGAUAUAGAGACAGAAGAGACACGCGAAAAAUGUGAAAUAUUUAAAGACUAUUAUUUCAUUUGUUUUCGAUCCUUUGAUCAAGAUCAUUAUUCUUCGACCUAUUUACAACCUGUGAUUAUUUAUAUUAUUGUAAUGAAAGAAGGAGUUUUAUCGUUUCACUUUCAUCCAACACCACAUCCAGCAAAUGUUAGACGUAGAAUAAGACAAUUAAAAGAUUAUAUAACUGUCACACCUGAUUGGAUAAACUAUGCAAUAAUUGAUGAUGUGACAGAUUCAUUUGCACCACUUAUUCAAAAGAUCGAAAUUGAAGUGGAUUCUAUUGAUGAAUUAGUGUUGAUGCUCAAGGAAUGUGAACAAACUGAUAUGUUACGUAGGAUAGGACAUUGCCGUAAAAGAGUGUUGGGAUUAUUGAGAUUGUUAGGAAGUAAAGCAGAUGUUAUGAAGGCAUUAAUAAAAAGAUGUUAUGAAUUGAGAUGGGAUGUGUUUAUUAGUAAUGAAAUUUUAUUAUACCUAGGAGAUAUUCAAGAUCAUGUCAUUACAAUGGUCCAGAAUUUGAAUCAUUAUGAAAAAAUACUUUCUAGGUCACAUUCGAAUUAUUUGGCACAAAUUUCAAUUGAAAUGACAGAAGCCAAUAAUCAAAUCAAUGAUGUUUUAUCUAGACUUACAGCACUAGGAACCAUUUUAAUUCCGAUGAAUCUUGUGACUGGUUUAUGGGGGAUGAAUGUUCCGGUCCCAGGACAAGAAAGUGAAGGCUUGACAUGGUUUAUUUCGAUAUUAGCAGGAAUAGUUGUGUUUGCUAUAUCAGGUGUUAUAAUGGCUCAUAGAACUGGAAUUGUCUGA